AUGCAGCGCAACAAUGCGCUGGGCUCGCGCUUCAACAUCUCCAGCCCACAAGCCAACGACGGUCUCAACCUCAUGGGCGGCAUGAGUGAUGGGCCCUAUCCCAGUCUGCGUCCGCCGGGGCAGUCUUGGUCCGGCGCAGGCGGAAGCGACCCCCGAAGCUCGCCGUCGCCUUCACCAUCGAACGCGUCCCUACCUCCGGCGCGCUCCCCGGCUCGUCGAUACGGCGACAUACCUCCCCCAGCUGCGUCACCACCGUCGGUGCGCGCCAACGGAAACGGCUACGGAGGCUUGGGGCACUCGCGGAUGCCCUCGGAUGCCUCGACGGGGCCAUCGCGACCGGCGCGGUCCCAACGUCGCAUGGAGGGCAAUGCGCCUCCCCCGAGCCGACCCCACCUCCUCGCACCUAUUCGCACGAACAACCUUGGACGACCAGACUCACAGGAGAUGCCCUCGCCCAUCAGUCCCGAGAUCCCAGUCGUCGGUACGCCGAUGGCUGAGGGCGAGGACCCGUUUGCCAUGGAUCGCCUUCAACGUACACAAGCGCGCAAGGCUACGCUGCAGACGCCUAACGCGGCUCUGCAUGCUCCUUCGCCGGCGAGCGCUGCCCUCACGCCCGAGGAGCGGAUGCGCAAGGCUGUCGCCGCGUUCGCCUCGAACAGGAAGGAGAGCCACGACUCGGACCAGAAGGCGCCCGUGCGCCGUCCGCCGCGUCGUCGAGGAACGACCGUUUCACGUCCCAAGGACGAGAGCUGGGACGACUUCUACAUGGGAGGCGGCAAGUUCGCCGAGGUCGACUCUGUCAUGAAGGUCAUCCGGAAAGAGUGGCCGUUCAUUAUGGGAGCCGAGUUCUCUCCGUCGACCUUGGCGCUGUCUCUACUCUCGCAACAGCCGAGUCAGACACUGGGACCACACCCCGACCUCUACCACUUCCAAGACGUACACAAUGGGCUUUCGAACGCUCUCCAGAAGGCUGUCCGUGGGCAUUUCCAGACUUUCGCCGCCUCGCUCCCGACACACGCGAACUUUGUUUCGACUCUGGACCGUGCUCAAGAUCAGGUCAAGAGCUCGCGUGAGGCUCUCAAGCAGGCCAAGGAGGGACUAGCGGGAAAGAGCAAAGCCGAGCUCGCUAGCGUCAGGGCGCGCGAGAGAAUGGUUCGCGAAAUGCUCCAGGUCGUCGAUCAGAUUGACGAACUCAAGCAAGCACCCGAGCAGCUCGAAACGUGGAUUGCGGAGAAGAAGUUCCUGCAGGCUGCUCUGCUCCUCGUGAAGAGUAUGAAGGGCAUCAACCGCGAGUCGUUGCAGGAAAUUGGAGCUUUGCCCGACCUAAGGCAGUACUUCCAGUCACAGCAUAACACGCUGUCCGACAUUCUUAUUGAGGAGCUCCACAAUCAUCUGUACCUCAAGUCUUUCAACAGCGAGUCGCGAUGGAAGGCGUACUCGCCGGGUCAAACGACAGUUCCGGUCAUCGAUGCGCAUGACGACCAGCCGACGGCUCCGGACGCCGACCACUCCCGCUUCUCUCAGUUCUUGUCUCAUCUUGCCGUCAAGCCUAACCAUAUCCCGAACCUCGAUGAGGUCACCGCCAACGGCAUCACCCAGAACCGCGUGUCCCUCAACAUGUCGAGGGCUCCGUCCAUGACAUCUAUCACAUCCGUGGGCGGAACGGUCGACACCAGCGGCGGCGAGACCGACUCGUUCAAUUACAUGGAGACGCUGCUGGAGGCGCUGGCCGCCCUUGGUCGUCUCGGAUCAGCUUUGGACAUCAUGGUGCAGCGGGUGCCGUCGGAGAUCCACCAGAUUGUCGACAGCACCAUGGAGGAGGUUGAGGAGCGGAUAGAGCAGCGCGCCUCUGACCUCACCACCAUGCUCCGCCCAACGACGAUGCUGCUGGCCGACAAGAACGAUCUGGGGUCGAUGCCCCUGUUCGACAACGACACGCUCCGCGUUGUGGUCUCGCUCGACGCGACCGGCCCGCCCGAGAACGCGAUCGUUCUCCGUGACCUCUUCUGGACUCUCUACUCCAAGCUGGCGGCAGUAAUGGAGGGUCACCGUGCGGUUUACGAAGUCGCACGCUGGAUCGCCUCUCGUCGUGACUUCAAGGACACGACAAAGGCUGAUCUCAACCUCAAUGUCCCCGUUCUGGAGAUCUGGCGGCCUGUCCAGCAAGAGGUUCGCACGCUCUUGCAAGCGUAUCUCUCAGAUGAUUCGCAAGGCUCGGCUCUUAAGAACAGUGCGCUUCCAAGCAUCAACGAAAUCCUCCGCGAAGGUCGACUAGUGCGGGAUAAGCAAAAGGACUUGUUUCGAUUUGGCGACAGCGACGCUCGUGCCGUCAAUGGCGAGAUCAAGGAGAUCGACGACUCGCUCAAACAGACCUUACGAGCGUCUGUGCCUGGCCUCGUCAACCUGCAGGCCGGUGACACCGGGAACGUCCUCGGUGCGGUCAGCGGUGCCGAUGAGCGGUAUUCUACUUCUGGUAAGAUCAGAACGCUCAUCCCGCCUAACCCGUUCAACGUCACGGUCCUGUUCCAACCGACGAUCUCGUUUAUCAAGCGCGCCACCGACAUUGUUCCCUCCGGUUUCGAGGACGAGAUGUCGCAAUUCGGCACUGUGCUCGAGGAGUUCGUCGAGAAUGUGUUCAUCCCGCAGCUCGACGAAAAGGUCACUGCGUCGUUCCAGCACGCCGUCACGGGCUACGACGCUUACCAGAUCGACCGUCGCCCGAUUUUCGGUCUUGAGAAGCCGCCGCUGAAGUCGACUGUGCGCGUACUUGCACUCAUCCAGAGCCUCUGCGCUAUGCUUCACGAGUCGCCCUUCCACCGCGAGAACUACAGCCGCUUGGUCGUAGGGGUUAUCGGCCAGUACUACCAGCAGGUCAACCAGCACUUCAAGGAGGUCGUGACCAUCAGCCGACGAGAGGAUGGCUCGCCAAAGAUUGGCCUUCCGGCCGACUGGGCGCUGAACGGCGACCUCGACGUCGUGUUAAACCAGAUCCGAACCAUCGCCCCGGAGGACGUACGGGAGAUGGACCGGUUAGAACAGCAGGAAGCUCGCGUCGAGAUGAGGCUGUGCGGAGACACACCGCCAGUAGAGUCUCAGCUCCUCAACAGCAGCCGCAAGCUCGAGGCAUUGGCGCACGUGGCGCAGAGCGUCAGGUGGUUCAUGAACUCGCUGCUCAAUCUGCAGGAGCUCGUGGACGACGACGACAUCGACAAGCCCUCGCUUCAGCCGCAAGAAGGCGCGCCCAAGCUACCGCUCACCCGUGCGAUGGCUCAGCGGUUCGAGUCGAUUGUGCAGUUCUACGAGCAGCUCGUGUCCAUGACGCUGAACACGCUGCACCUUGAGGUACGCUGCCGCGUGCUCUGCAACCUGAGCGCAACCCUGCGGAGGAACGACUACCGACUGGAGAGCGAGGCGCUCGAGCCGGACCCGGAUGUUGUGGAUCUGAACGCGACGCUGCUGGAGAUGGACUCGAUUGCGUCCAAGACGCUCUCGCUGCAGGACCACAGAUUCAUGUUUAAGGGACUUGGGAAUCUGAUCGACAACAUCUUCAUCCAAUCUGCGCGCCAGCUGAAGCACAUCAACGGGGCGGGUGCGCGCAAGAUCCGGCGCAACAUUCUGUCGCUGCAGCAGACGCUGCGCGGGAUCAAUACAACCGACGUCGUGCUCAAGAGCAUCGAGUACUGGGAUCUGUACGAGCUCGGCCCGAAGCAGAUGCUCGAGUCGAUUGGCAGCAAGCCCGAUUUCGGGUUCGACGAUUAUAACGCAAUGUUGAGCUUACAGUGUCAAGAGAACGGGUUAGACCUCAACUCGCACCUGAUCGACUUACACGCGCUCGCGAUGGACAUUGAGGACUGGGAGAUGGUCUGA